AUGUCAUCGUUGUUUGUACAGGAUGAAGAUGGUUUAGAGGAGCAACAAUCCGAGCUACUUCAUCAACAGAACCAAGAAGUUAUAUCAUUAGAGCCACAACCUACAGGCUCACAAUCGCAAUCGCAGUCCUUUGCGCCGCGCGUCAACCCAUCCAUUCCAGUUGUAUACCAUGAUGAGGCCACAAUCCCAGUUUAUCCUCACCGCGAAGUAAACUGUUCUUUGCUGUUAAAGUAUCAGCAAGAGAUUCUUGAAGAGAUGUUGGUCAAAGAUGCGUUAUUAAUUUUAGGACGAGGCUUGGGGUGGGAAUCCAUAACUGCAAAUCUAUUAUACUCCCUAAGUUCUCCGUUUAUACAAUUGAGUAAAGCGCAAAAGAAAAGAAGUUUGGUCUUCUUGUUGAACGCGAGGGAUCCUGAAAUCAUUCGAUUGAGUGAGGAGUUGGAUAACUUGAGUUGGAUCAAUGAAGACAAUGGCAAUAGAUUUGUGAGUGUUUCAGGUGAAUCGCAAUCGUCAAAAAGAAAGUUGAUAUAUUCAGAAGGCGGGAUAAUUUCGAUCACACCCCGUGUGUUGGUGGUUGAUAUAUUGUCUGGCGUGUUGGAUGUUAACGACAUAACCGGCUUAUUUGUCUUGCAUGCUGAGAGAUUAAAGGAAACGUCCAAUGAUGCCUUUAUUAUUAGCUUGUUUCGAGAUAAAAAUGAUUGGGGAUUCAUCAAAGCAUUCUCGGAUGAACCUGAAUCUUUUACUGGUUUUACUCCACUAGCGACAAAGUUGAAGGUAUUACGAGUUCUGAAUGUAAGUCUUUGGCCACGAUUCCAUGUCACUGUUACUCAAUCAUUUCAAUACCAUAAGAAAAGGGAUAGCAAACGAUUUGUUACUGAAAUCAACACUCAAAUGUCCUACAAAAUGAACAAGAUACAAACCGCAUUACUAUCAUGUAUUCAAGCGUGUUUGGGAGAGUUGAAGCGACACAAUCCUACUUUGGUGUCAGAAUAUUGGGAUAUGGAAAAUAUACAUGACCCGAAUUUUGUGCGUGUGAUUCGAAUGUCGUUGGAUCCUCAAUGGCACCGUUUGACGUAUACCACAAAGCAAUUGUUAAAUGAUUUAGCGAUAUUGCUCGAGUUGUUGGAAAGUUUAGUGGCGUUAGAUUCAGUCACGUUUUAUCAAAUAGUGAAGAAUGUAGUGGACGUGAAUCUAAGACAGACGGUGGAGGGCAUGAAUAGGUCCAUGAGUCCUUGGUUGAACCUCGAUGAAUCGCAGACAGUUAUACAAUACGCCAAAGAAAGAGCAUUGGGUAAGCACAAUGGAGAGUAUAUUUUGGAAGAGUUGCCAAAGUGGAACCAAUUGGGGGUGCUAAUUGGUGAUAUAUUGAAUGAAACGUCGCAGAACAAAGUGCAGGGAAGUGGGAGGAUUUUGAUUAUGUGUUCAAGCAGGAAUGUUGCCAAUCAGUUGAAUCGCGUCUUGACAACAAUGAAAAGAAAGAAGGCUGGGUCUAAUGCAUAUUUUUCAUGUCGGUCAUACAUGAUGGGUAAACUUCGCAAUUACCUACAGUACAAGGAGGUAAGCACCUUGGUGAAGCAGAUCUCCAAGGAUUUGGAACGUGCAGGAGAAGAGAAUGAGAAAGCUUCUGGAGACACAGAAGUAACUGUUUCCAAAACGUUUUCCCGAAAUGGGCAACCUGUUAGUAAAAGAAGGCGAACCCGGGGAGCAAGUGUGGUUGCACGUGUGCAUCAAUUGCAUACUGGGAAGAAUGGUGGGAAUGACGAAAAUGACGAUGAGCAGGAAGAGAAGAAUAUUAUUGAUUUGUUGGCUGAGGAGGGGGAAGGGGAGUUGGAAGAGGAAGAGAUUGAGGCUGGUUAUAGUUCAGCUGGUGGGUUCAUUCCAUCUAAGCAGCAAACUUUUGAACCGAUUGAUACUAGUGACCAAAUCAUAGUGCAAGUGUAUAAUGACAAGCAUGAUGCUUCGUUUUUGGAAGAGUUAUCUCCGUCACAUAUCAUUAUGUUCGAACCCGAUUUGUCAUUUAUUCGAAGAAUUGAGAUCUAUCAAGCAAUCAACCAUGAAAACCCGGCCAAGGUGUAUUUCAUGUAUUAUGGAAACUCUGUCGAGGAGCAGAAGCAUUUGUUGCGUAUUAAAAAGGAGAAGGAUGCAUUCACCAAGUUGAUUAGAGAAAAAGCCAACUUGGGUAAACAUUUUGAAACUGCUGAAGACAAUAUCAAAUUUCAAACACAUAAAUCACAAGUUGUCAACACAAGAAUUGCAGGUGGAGCUAGGUUCCGUACCGAGCAUGAUGAGAUGAGGGUUGUUGUUGAUGUUCGAGAGUUUGGCUCGUCGUUGCCCAAUCUAUUGUACAAGAUAGGUAUUCAAGUUGUUCCAUGUAUGAUUACAGUCGGUGAUUAUAUUGUGUCGCCACAAAUUUGUAUUGAGCGGAAAUCGAUUCCAGAUCUAAUUGGAAGUUUCAAAAGUGGUCGACUUUAUCAUCAAUGUGAACAAAUGUUUAAGCACUAUGACUUACCAGUUUUGUUGAUUGAAUUUGAUGAAAACAAGUCGUUUUCAUUGGAGACAUUUACUGAGUCGAAAUUUAUCAAGACCAGGGCGAGUCUCAAUAAAUCAACAAUGGCGUCUGCUUCGUUGGACAGUAAAUUGCGUCAUUCACUACAAUCACAAAUACUAUCCUUGCUAUAUUCGUUUCCAAAAUUGAAAAUCAUCUGGUCUUCGUCGCCGUAUGAAACAGCGCAAAUAUUUCUUGAAUUGAAAGCAAACCAAGAUGAACCAGAUGUUGGAAUGGCAUUGGACAAAGGUGUCAACAAGAAUUUGCUUGUUGAAGGAGGAGUUGGUGUCAAUAGUGACAUUGAUGCUGUUGGUGGUGUAGGUGGUGGUGGUGUCGGCCCUGCUGUGCUCAAUGACGACCCUAUUGAUUUUCUUCGGAGUGUUCCUGGAAUCAACAACCUGAACAUGUAUAAGAUUGUACGACGGGUAGAAAAUAUUGCGGAAUUGGUCAAGUUGAGUCAAGAUGAGUUGAUUGAUUUGAUUGGAGCUGAAAAUGGGCGCAAAGCGUAUAACUUCUUCAACCGGACAGUGUAG